CAAAAGGGACCCUGGAUUUAUGCCUUUUUUGGGGGGUGAGACAAACAAACAAAUAGACAAACAAACAAACAAAACUGUGGAAGGGGGAGGGUUUCUCCUCCUGCUUUGCCCAGCAGCAGCAGCAGCAUGGACGUGUUGGCUAGUUAUAGUAUAUUCCAGGAGCUGCAACUUGUCCACGACACCGGCUACUUCUCAGCUUUGCCAUCCCUGGAGGAGAACUGGCAGCAGACAUGCCUCGAAUUGGAACGUUACUUGCAGACAGAGCCAAGGAGGAUCUCAGAGACUUUUGGUGAGGACUUGGACUGCUUCCUUCAUGCCACUCCUCACCCGAGCAUUGAAGAAAGCUUCCGGCGCCUAGAUCCCCUCCUGCUCCCCAUGGAAGCAUCCACGUGUGAAAAAAGCUCUGCAGUGGACAUUCUGCUCUCCCGGGACAAGUUGCUAUCUGAGACCUGCCUCAGCCUGCAGCCUCCAAGUUCCUCCUUAGAUAGCUACACAGCAGUCAACCAGGCCCAGCUCAAUGCAGUGACCUCAUUAACGCCUCCUUCCUCCCCUGAGCUCAGCCGCCAUUUGGUUAAAACCUCACAGACUCUCUCAGCUGUAGAUGGCACAGUGACAUUGAAACUGGUGGCCAAGAAGGCUUCGCUUAGCUCAGUAAAGGUGGGAGGGGUGGCAGCCGCAGCAGCAGUGACAUCAGCUGGGGCCAUAAAGAGCGGACAGAGUGACAGUGAACAAGGAGGGAUAGGGGCUGAUGCAUCCCCUGAAAACAAGAAGAGGGUUCACCGUUGUCAGUUUAACGGGUGCCGGAAGGUUUAUACAAAAAGCUCCCACUUAAAGGCCCACCAGAGGACUCACACAGGUAGUGAGAAGCCUUAUAAGUGUUCAUGGGAAGGGUGUGAGUGGCGUUUUGCACGAAGUGACGAGCUUACGAGGCACUACAGGAAACACACGGGUGCAAAGCCCUUUAAAUGCAACCACUGCGACAGGUGUUUUUCCAGGUCUGACCACCUUGCCCUCCACAUGAAGAGACAUAUCUAAAUAACUAAUGACCAGAGGAGCUCCAUGGCACCGGCUAUUGUCUAAAGGAAGAAUCUUUAGACAGGGGGCUGGAAUUUGGUCAGAACUUUGCUGCCUUGCAGAAGAGAAAAAGAGAGAGAGAGAGUUCUCAGAUAUAAAUCUCUGUGUACACACGUGUGCGUGUGCGCAUACACACACACACACACACGCACACGCAGUCAUGCACUCAACCAUACUCAAGAUAUCUACGUCUGUCCUUUAUGCCUUGCCCUAGCCAGAUGGUAGAAGAUGAUGAAGAAUCCGGGUGAACUCACAGCAAGGCAGAAAGGCUGCCUACUUCAGCGCUCUCAGAAUUGCAUCCUGCUGUUGGCAAUGGAAUUAAAAGAAAAUGGAUGUGACUUCUCUGCAGGUGGACGGCAGCAGUAAGAGGGACUUAUUUAACUUGCUUCUCAAUGCAACUUGAUAGGAGAAUACAUCAUCUUAAAGUUGCAUACUUGUAGCACUAACUUGUCUUCUUUUUAAGUGGUUGGGGGAAAAAAUGACCUAGAAAACCAAAUCCCAGUUUGGUAGCCAAAAUUAACCUCUUGGUUCAUUUGUCCUUUGUGUCAGAAAAAUCCCAAUAUUCAAAGCGUCAGACUUCCUCACAGACCUUUUGAUCUGUUUUGGUUCUUCACAGGACUGAGCUAUUGAGAUCUUUUCAAGUCCGUACCAAUGGCCUUAACGGCAGUAGACUGUGGAAUGACAUCUCACACUUUCUGGCCUGCAUUCGUGUAGACUUCGUGAAGGAGGAAUUUUCUUUUCUUACUUUUUGCACACCAUAUGCACUAGGGAUUCUGGAAACUUCUAGCAUGACUACAAAGUGGCCAAGAGAAUAAAACCCUUGAAAAAAAAAUCACAGUGUAUACCUUUGGCCUCACCUUAUUGCCAUAGCUAGAUUUUUUCUUUUUAAUCUCUCUGAUUUUGCUAAUGAAAACUUGAAAAGCUUAUUUGGAAGCUUAAAUGUUUUAUCUUUUCUCCAUGGACUAAAACCUCUAGAACUAUCUCGUCACCUGGAUGCCCGAAUCUCGAAGUGGCCAAUCAGAUGUGACAUCACACUUCUUAUAUCCUCCUUGGGGGCGUGCUGGCCUCAGCCCAUGGUGAUCAACAAAUUGUGUUGUGUGUUAUUAUUGCGACCCUACUAACCAGUUACAGCAUAGAUGUCUCUAGCCUCAACAGGCAUCUGUGUCUUUAACCUAACUUUGGGUUAUGACCUGACAAAAAAAAAAGCCAAAAAUACCCCUCCGUCCAGGAGUGGAGGGAAAAUGAGGAUGCCUCCCAAGUCCAGAGCCUUCACACAGCAUCAGUCAAUCCUUCUUUCUCAUUUCGACUGAGCUCACAUUAUCCUGCUUGUUAAAAGGGGGAAAAAUACACUUUAAGAGUCCAUUGUGGGAAUGAAGGGCUGGCGUUUAUGCGAAGUGUUGAGGUUUUUCUGUCUAAGGGAGAGAAGUAUUGCUCAUUUCAGGCAGUGGGCCCAGCAUGACCUGGGACUUAGAGCAUCCAGUACUAGCAGAGGCCCCUAAAUUAUUCUCCAAGCUAAAUCCUGCCCAUUGCUAAAUUUGACCUUUGGAGCUCAAAGGAGGUUUAGAUUCCUCACUUUUUCAUCACACACGUAGAAAUUGAUAUCUAUAUAUACCUGUAUCUCUAGCUAGUUGGCACUGGCCUCAACUCCAAAGACUGCCUUUAGGGCCAUUAAAUGGCCUAUGCAAGCAGGUGGGGUGGUCACUAGGACAGGUUGUAUAUUUUGUAUAUUCUCGGACCAUCCCUUCAAGACACAUCUAGAAAACAAAAAUGUCAUUUGGUCCACCAAUGGUCGCUGUUCCUUCAUACCAGCCGGCUACCCUCCUGCCCUCCUUUUGACUGUUUUGACUCAUUGACUGUUAAAAUGCCACCCCAGACAUAUUUGGGAUGCAAAACUGAACUCUCUUUAAAAUAAUAAUAACAAUAAUAAUAAUAAUUAAACAUAAACAACACAAGUAGUCAUUAAGAUCUUUGGAUUUCGUUGAGAUGUUGAAAUGCCUCCACUGUGAGUAAAUGAGCCUCUUUAGCCAAAUGCUGUGGGCUUGCCAUUUGGACAUUUGGGGGGUGGGGGGAGGGAUUUUGAGGUCUGGCCCAGAGAAUUUCUUUUGAGACGUGGACCAAAACAAAAACUCAACAACAGAGAAAAAAAAUCAACACACACACACAGAAAUUCUACCCAUCUGCUGGAGGCAAUGAUAUAAACCUUAGUCGGAGGGUAUUUUCUAAGAAAAAAAAA